AUGUCGCUGCAGAUUGCUGUAGCUCAUACGGGCCAGCGCCUCGACGCUGAUCCCGUCGGCUUCAACUCGGUCGAUGCGCUGAAGCACUGGAUCUCGAGGGCUACCGAGAUUCCGCCUGAGCACCAGAUCUUGCUGACGCCUCGCGGAAAGCAUGUCAAGCUGCAAGCGCUACUGACUGAGUCUACCGUUUCGCCCACGCCGCUGCCCGACUCCUUUACGCCCGAUGACCCCCCUGAUACGCUCUCCAGCCAUACCGACCUGCGAGCAUGGCAGACGCUCUUCCAGGCCCGCCGCGACUGGGCGUUCGCCGUCCUCCACAAAUCCCAGUCCAUGUCUCAAAUAGCGUCGCAGCACUUCGCCGAGCAGGCAACAAUCGAGAAAGGCACCCAUAUUGCUGUAGGCAAUCAUGAGUCGCAUAUUCGCGGGCUGGAGCAGAAACACCAAGCGGCAAAAGAAUGGUUCGAAGGGGUGGAGAAGGAAGCCGCGGACAACUUGCGAAGACUGGAUGGCGACUUUGGGCAGCUAGCGGCUAUACCGGCGAAGGCGGAAUUCGUACAAUUCCUGGCGAAGGAUGUGCGGUCGACCCAUGCAACACAGGCAGCCCAAGCCAACCGAAAGACUGCGCCGAACCGGACAACUUCGCUGCAAGAGUUUCUGGACGUUGAAACUGUCAAGAAGGCGACAGGUGUGAGCAGGCGUGUACGCGAGUCCUUUGGGAAGCGCAUGGAGGCUAUGAAGACCCAGCUGGAGAGGAUAGGCACGGACUACAAUGAGCUUCUAGGUGCGGUUGGUCAAAGCCAGAGUCGAUCACUCGUAGACGAUACCGAGGAGCCGAUGCGACUAUACAAUGAAAUCGAUGCAGUGGCGAAGAAGGUAGAAUCGGACUUUGAGCACGUCAUGGGCCUUCCUGCGAAUUCUAAGUCGGUUGCCCAAGUUUCGAAAAUGGCACUCUUACACACGCGCAAUUUUCUCCCCGCCAUCAAGGAGUAUUGUACCGAAAUGAGCGACCUCGUGCGACGCUCCGUGGAGCAAAAGAAUUAUGCGGUCAGGAACGCGGUAGAGAGCAUGCGCGGCAUUUCUGAUAUUGAGUCGAUCAUCUCGAGCCUGAAUUCGGAACUGGAAUCUAUCAGCAUCCCAGAGGAAGGGGUCGCCGCGUUCGAGCUGAUCUCGCUGGUCAGCAGGCUACCUUACGUCUACGGAACGCUCCUUGUAGAAGCUGUUCGAAGGCGCGAAUGGAUGGAGAAGAUGCAAAGGGACACAUCGUCGCUAGCGGAGGAGAUGGCAACAUUUCAGGAGGAAGAGGAGCGACGAAGGAAGAGAUGGCUGAAGCCCAUCGCAGACGUCAUAAACCUAGAAGCUGUGCAAGGCAACUUGCUUGGCUUCGAGAUGAAUGUUCAGCCCGAGAAGAACAAUUGGCCGGCUGUUACACGAGAAGAUCUGCAAGACUAUUUGAAGAGUCUACAAGGCCUUGAAGGGCAGAAUACCGAAGCGGACGCCCUCAACCAGGCCAUGAGAGACCUUGACCGACCCACGAAACAACAAAUCAAACGCGCCAAGAACUUCAAGAUGGGUAGUGUGCACGAACCCGCGUUUGGAAAGGGGUCGCAGCUCAUGCUCAGAGGAGAUGACGAGCUUCGGGUUUUGAGGGAAGUCAAUUCCAAGCUGGAGGAUGAGCUUAAAGGCUCUAAGAGUAGGGUACGGCGUCUUGAGGACCUGCUGCAUCGCCAAAGCCAUGUCAGCAGACUUUCGAUUGGGGGUGGCUUGCCUUCAUUUGGUCCACAGAGCCCUGCAGACCCAACUACGCCGACGGUAGAGGCACCUUCUCCUAUGCCGCUAGCUGAACACUCCCGCAGAUCGUCCGACGAUAAGCGCCGUAUUGUUCGUCUCGAGCAAGAACUUGCGGCCGAGAAGGAGGCUCGGGCGACCGUUGAGAAAGAGGUACAAACGAAGAAGGAUGAAGAUGCGGAGCUUCAACGGCAAGUUGAAGAGGCUGUGUCUACCAAAGAGGCGAUUAUGGAGAACAUGAAGGCGCAGCAAAAGGAAUUUGCCGAUGAGAGGAGGUCGCUCGAGCAAGAGAUCCAUGCUUAUAAGGGUAAGAUUGAAGAGGCUGAAGAUGAACUGGAUCGUGUGCUCGGAAGUCGCGACAACGAGCGCACUGGUGUUGAUACGAAGAUCCAAGAGUUGGUGUCUGAAAUCGAGAGAAUUCGCAAUGAAGCGGCAGAGCAGAGCAAGGUGGCGAGCAAGCAAAUCGCUGAACUUCAAGCCGAGCUUGAUAAGCACAAAGAGGCCGACACGCAGCGUCACGAAGCGCUCUCACUGGUUUUCAACCAUUUAUCCCCCGACGGUAGCCUGGAGCAUCUAGCAUUGCGGUCUUUCGACUACCAGCAAGAGCUUCAGCAAGCGGUCGCGAUGGCGAAGACGGAGAAUGAGAACGCCCGCGCUAGGGCACAACAACAAGCGACAGAGCUCAAGUCUGACCUCGCGAAAGAGGAAGCUGAAGCGGCCAAGGUUGCGUCCAUCACAGAGGAACUGGAGGAGGAGCGCGACCAUCUACGGGAUCUGCGAACCAAGUUUGCUGAAGGCGAGACUGGCUCCGAAGCCCUCCGCAAACGAGUUGAGGAAGAGGAAGAAAAGGUGGGACGAUUGCAGGUCAAGCUUGCGGAAUCGGAAUCGCAUGCCAACAGUCUCGACGUGGAGCUUACGCAUCUGCAAAAGAGGGUGCUCAAGUACGAGGAGCUCGAUUCAUCCCGAAUCCACGAGCGCUUGCUGCGCGCGAAGGAUCUCAGCAAGCGACUGUACUCGCAGCAGGAUCGUCUUAUGCGGCUCGUUGAAGCGCUUGGUUUUGUGAUCACUUACGAAGACGGUACAAUGGUGCUUCAACGUGCCUCCAAAAUUGGCAGCAGCACAAUCAUCGGCGGCGAGACCAAUGGACCCCCCCGCAGCGCGACAACACCCUCUCCCACCCCUCUCAAGCAACGCCUCGAAGAGUAUGCCGACCUCUCCUUCCUGCAAUGGGCAGAAUCUGCGAGCUAUGAGGAAGAAGAUCGCCGCUAUCAUGACCUCAUCGACACGCUCAAUCGCUUCGACCUUGAUACCUUUAGCGAGGCAGUUGCAAAGCGCAUGCGGGACAUGGAGCAUACCGCACGGAAAUGGCAGAGGGAAGCUCGCGCAUAUCCACAUGAGAAGAUCGCCUACCGGUCGUUCAAGGAGGGCGAUCUUGCGUUGUUCCUCCCUACGAGGAAUCAGGCUACACGUCCCUGGGCGGCUUUCAACCAAGACUCACACAGACUUCAUGGACGGGAGUGGCUUGUCGCACGUAUUUCCAAGGUGGAGGAGCGCAUCGUGGAUCUUUCAAAGACGAUGGAUACCGCCGCUCGAGCCUCUCUUGACGGACGAUCCAUUGCAUCAAACAGCGCUGUCUCUUUCGAGGACGACAACCCCUUCGAGCUUUCGGAUGGCCUGCGGUGGUACCUACUCGAUGCCGCAGAGGAGAAGCCAGGAGCACCCGGCACACCGGGCUUAGGCAAGACUACCGUCGCGAGCGCACGCUCCUCCAACGAUCCUGCCAAGACCCUUGGUAAAUCCCUCGACAGCCGUCGCAGUAGUGGCACUAGCAGGAAAAGCGUGCCUGUGGUUGGACGCAACUCGACCGAAGUCGUUGUUCCGGGAGAGAACGCUGAGGGCGCGAGCCCAGCUGCCGGGCCCGGACCGAGCCAUCUGAGGGAGAGCGAGUCGCCCGGGGAGGCGACGGGUGUGGACAGGUUGCUAGAGGGCCAAGACGAGGUGCGGAAGGACCUUCUAUGGGGACCUUAG